ACGUAACGUCCCUCCUAAGAUUUCACAAAACCCCAAACUCUAAAAUAACUUCAAUCCACUGUUCUACCUUUUUUUAUGUCAUUCUUCUUUGCCCCAUUUUCUCUCUCAUCCUCUUCACCGACCCCACUCUUCACUACUCUACUCUUCCCCUUUUUUCUUCCUGUUCUUCCAAUUUUAUCUCCGGAAAUCAACUCAACAACUGUCAAAUUUUUCUGGGUUUAUCCUCAAUUUAAGAUUACAUCACUGUUUUUGCUAAUUUCCUUCAUUUUUUUUUUCUGGAGAAAAGCGGAUUUUUGUGUUGGAAAUGCUAAAUCUGCUUGAUUUUUCUUUUGGGUAUCUCGAAUUUUCUUGGGAUUUCAACAUUGUUUUGCAGAUUUUGUGGUUUCGGCGCUCCAAUUUCACAAUGUGAGCUGGGGUUUUUGUUUUGUUUUGGUUUAAUGAUAAUGGUGGCUGCCAUUUCUGAAUUUGGUGCUCAUAGAAACGUAGCGAGUUCACGGCCGCCAUUAUUGCCGUCGGAGAGAGAAAAUGGCGUUCAACAACAGCAACAGCAACAACCCAGAAGACUUAGACCUAGAGAAGUUCCUUCUAGGUACAUGUCAAUUUCUUCUUCUUCUUCUUCUGCAAAUAGUAGCACAAAUACUAGUACGACAACUACUAAUUCAACUUCGAGUUCAUCUACAUCCUCAUCAAUUUCUAGAAGAUUCCCUUCUCCUGUAGUAGCUAGAAACAAUAGGAGUCCAUCGACUCCGAAGCGGUCGCAAUCAGCAGACCGAAGGCGAUCUGGGACCCUUAAACCUACACCUGUUGCCAAUGCUGGUGAAAUUUCAGCUGCCACUAAGCUUCUUGUGACUUCGACUAGGAGUUUAUCUGUCUCUUUCCAAGGGGAAUCAUUUUCGCUUCCAAUUAGUAAGACUAAGGCUGUAAAUCAGGGUAAUGUUAAUAGUAUUAGUGCUAGGAAGGCCACACCUGAAAGGAGGAGAGGUACUCCUUUGAGAGGGAAGGUUGAUGGAGGAGGAGAUCAGGUUGAUAACUCAAACUCGAAUUCGAAGCCUGGUGAUCAGCAACGAUGGCCUGCUCGAACAAGGCAAUUGAAUAUGCUUUCAAGGAGUUUAGAAUGUUCUAACCAUGAGAGUGAAGAGUUUCUUGGAUCUAGUGUUGUGGCUAGGGCUUUGAAGGAUUCAUUUCUUGAUGAGAGUAGGAGGGCAUCAUUUGAUGGUAUAUUGAAUCUUGACUCGAGCAAUGGGGAUGUUUUAAAUGGAAUUAGGGGUGCUAUGGAUGAGAAUUCGGUGAAUGAUUCUUCGGUUCCGUCUGAUCUUACUGCUUCUGAUACUGACAGCGUUUCUUCUGGUAGUACUUCUGGAGCUCAAGAUGUUAAUGGUGGGUCUCAUGGGCGUAAUGUUCCUCGUGGUAUUGUGGUCUCGGCAAGGUUCUGGCAGGAGACUAAUAUGCGGUUAAGGCGACUACAGGAUCCUGGAUUAGGGUUGUCAUCAAGUCCUACAUCAAAGUUUGCUGGCCCUCCGAAAUUAAGCCAGUCAAGAAAGUUCAGUGAUGGGCCUAUGUUGUCUCCCAGGGCAAUGUCAUCACCUAUUCGGGGAGCUGUUAGGGCAGCCUCACCUAGCAAGCUAAUGAACACACCAGUGUCUUCACCAAUGAGAGGACUUAGUCCAUCUCGGGUGAGAAGUAGUAUUGGUAGUAGUCCGUGGGAUUCACCAUCUGUUCUAAGCUUUGCUGUUGAUGUCCGAAGAGGAAAGGUUGGAGAGAAUCGUAUUGUUGAUGCCCACCAGUUGAGACUUCUUUAUAAUAGACACUUGCAAUGGCGGUUUGUAAAUGCUAGAGCAGAUGCUGCCUUGUCAGUGCAAAGACGAAAUGCCGAGAAGAAUUUGUGGAAUGCGUGGAUAACAAUAACUGCUUUACGGGACUCAGUCAGACAUAAAAGAACACAAGUACAGCUGCUUAGGCAAAAACUGAAGCUGAGUUCCAUCCUUCGAGGACAAAUGGCGUAUUUGGAAGAUUGGUCCCUUCUGGAUAAAGACCACUAUAGUUCUUUGCAAGGAGCUAUUGAGGCAUUAAAGGCUAGCACCCUCCGUCUUCCAGUAGUUGGUGGAGUAACUGCUGAUGUUCAGAGUGUGAAGGAAGCUGUUGGUUCAGCUAUUGAUGUAAUGCAGUCAAUGGCUUCUUCAACGUGCUCUCUUUUGACUAAGGUGGAGGAAGUGAAUUCCUUGGUGGCUGAACUAGCAAACGUUGCUACAAAGGAAAGGAUCUUACUGGAAAGAUGCAAAGAAGUGUUGUCCAUGUUAGCCGCCAUGCAGGUUAAAGAUUGUAGCUUGAGGACGCAUACAUUGCAAGCUUAACCAUUCACAAUCAGCUUGACAGGACGUCUGUAGAAUUAAUCUCGAAUUGACAGUUGAUUUAUAAAAAAAAGAAAAAAAACAAACGCUAACACACACACACGGACAGCUUUUCUGAUGGUAGUCAGAAGCAGCAACUGGAGAUAAUAAGAAGUGACGGAUGACUUUAGAUUGGCUCUUCGUGAUUGGCAUAUGUUUUUUGAUCUGCUAAGUUGUGUUUCAUGUCUUUUAGAAGCGGUAGCGACUAGCGAUAUCUUCCUCGAUGUAAUCAGUUGUAUCCACGUUGCUUUCCUAUCUUUUACAUUUGUGAUUUGUGUAUGGUGCAUAAUCAUGUAAAUAGUGUAAUUUCUGAGUCACUCGAGUAGUUCUUAGUUUUUGUAUCUAUGCCAUUGCCUGUUAAAUUUCAUGCCGAAAGCUCUGCCUUGAAAUUCAGGAACACAAAUGUAUGAACACUUAUCCUCUCAUAUCCGACUCUUUUGAGGCAAGGUAGCGUUGUAGUUUUUGCUUGGA